AUGGAGAACGAGACAGAUCUAAAGGUGAAGUAUCUGAGAUUAGACAAUGGUGGAGAAUACGAGCUGGAGGAGUUCAAGAGAUUAUGUGCUCCAAAUGUGAUUCGUUUGGAGAGGACUACUCUAGGGAUGCCACAACAGAACGGCAUCGCAGAGAGAAUGAACAUGACAUUUACGGAGCGUGCGAGGAGCAUGCAUCUACAUGAAGAACAUCAUAAUAAGGAGGUGAUGUACAAUGAUGGAGACAAUGCCAAUGAUAGCCAAACCAGUUGGAGUAGUACUAAGGAUACAGAUGGAUCCAAGUACAUAGAUUUGGAGGAACUUCUAGAAGGGGGAGAUAGUGCUAGUUCUGAUCGAAGAACGGAGGAGACUCCAGGUGCAGAAGCUCCUACUCAGGACGUGGAGCUUAGGAGGUCAUCCAGGGUACCCAAACUGAAUCCUAGAUAUCUCUCAUCACUUGAUUACUUACUUUUGAUAGAUAGCGAAGAGCCGGAGUACUAUGAAGAGGCUAUGAAAGUUAGUGAAUCUCAACAGUAG